CGUGAACGCGCGAGCUGCUGUGCUGUCCGGCCUCCGUCACCUCACACUCACUCGCGCGCGCGGGGACACACGACCGCAGCGACGUCGCGGCUGCACGCGCCAAUGCCGCCGUCGUCGCUGUACUCCUCCGGCCGGCUCCUCCCCGCCCGCCCGACGACGGUGGGGAGAUGGGCACGGCCGUCGUGCUCGCUGUCGAUGAACGGCUGCGCGCCGGGAGCCGGCGACCGCGGCGCGGUGUGCGUGCGCGAGGCGAGGGCGCUGCCGGCCGCGUCGGCGCCGCAGGGGGCCGUGGGCCAGCUCAGGGCCGCCGUGGAGGCGCUCAGGGCCGGCGCGCCGCCGGACUCGCCCUCCGGCAUCAUCCGCAUCGAGGUGCCGAUCAGGCAGAGGGUGGACGCCAUCGAGUGGCUGCACGCGCAGAGCGCGCUGCCCUGCUGCUUCUUCUCGGCCCGGGCGCCGUCGCCCGAGAGACCAGCCCUCGCCGGCAGCAACUACGGCAACGGCAACGGCAGCCUGAACAACCAAUGGCAGCAGCCGGUGAGCGUCGCGGGCGUGGGCUCGGCGGUCUUCUUCCGCGGGACUGACCCCUUCUCCCUCGCCGAUUGGCGCGCUAUCAAGAGAUUUCUUUCACGGGACUGUCCGCUGAUUCGCGCAUAUGGCGCCAUCCGUUUCGACGCAAGAAGCGAUGCUUCGGUCGAGUGGGAGGACUAUGGCUCAUUUUACUUCAUCGUUCCUCAAGUUGAGUUCAACGAACUUGAGGAGAGCUCGGUUCUGGCAACGACUAUCGCCUGGGAUGAUUCACUUUCUUGGACAUGGCAGAACGCUGUGAACGAGCUCCAAUUGACGUUGCAGAACAUAUCACCUUGUUCUGUUAAAGCGAACAAAUCCAGCCUACAAACAACUAUCAUGAAUCUCAAUCAUGUCCCAACCAAAGCAUCUUGGGAUCUUGCAGUUACCAAAGCUCUUCAGAUGAUCAAAGGGAGGCAAAAAGAAUUGGUAAAGGUUGUAUUGGCAAGGUGUAGCCGAUAUAUCACUGAUACUUGCAUUGAUCCUGUGGAACUGCUAGCUUGUUUGAAGGUUGAGGGCCAAAAUGCUUAUCAAUUCUGCAUACAGCCACCGGAUGCUCCUGCAUUUGUUGGAAAUAGCCCAGAACAACUAUUUCACCGGAAAUACUUAAACAUUUCCAGUGAGGCUUUAGCUGGUACACGAGCAAGGGGGAAAACAAGGGCAGAUGACUUUCAAAUUGGUCAGGAUUUGCUUCUAAGUAGCAAAGAGGAUAUUGAAUUUACCAUAGUGAGGGACAGCAUAAAGAAGAAGCUGGAGAUGAUCUGUGAUGAGGUUGUUGUCCAUCCCAGCAAGGCUCUACGGAAACUUCCAAGAGUACAGCACUUGUCAGCGCAAUUAGCUGCAAGAAUAAGGAACGAAGACGAUGAGUUUGACAUUCUAAAUACUCUUCAUCCAAGUCCAGCUGUUUGUGGUUUGCCCACUGAAGAGGCACGCCAAUUUAUACGAGAUUAUGAAAUCUUCGACCGUGGAAUGUACGCUGGACCUGUUGGUUGGUUUGGAGGAGCUGAAAGUGAGUUUGCUGUUGGGAUUAGGUCUGCACUGCUUGGAAAAGGUCAUAGCACCUUAGUCUAUGCCGGUGCUGGGAUUGUGGAAGGUACAAAUCCAUCUUUUGAAUGGGAUGAACUUGAUCUUAAAGCAUCUCAGUUUGCAAAGCUGUUGCUGUACCAAGAGCAACAUACUUGCUACCAAAGAGGCUGAAAAUAUGGAGACCGUGAUUUGAAUAGAAAAGUAGGACAUUUUGGUUUAAUUUGAAGAUCCCAAGAUGGAAGAUUUGUUUCAUCUGAAAAAUUGAAGGAUUGAUUUGUUCAAGUAAAUUCCAAACAAACAAGAUAUUUAUAUAAUCGCACGCCUCUCGGAAAUGUAAACAACAAACUAUUGUCUCAGGCAGAGAGUGUUGAUCAAAUAUAGAUGAAAUUUCAAGCUCAAGGAAAGCACUUCAGAUCAGUAUAUGUACAAUAAUUGUAAGCUGUAACAACUCAGUGCAAUUGUUUAUACAACUGUACGUUGAAGUA